UCCAUACGGUCAUCAACUGUCGCCUAAACCAUCCAGCGACGCAAUAGAUCGUAUUGUCUUUGUUCACGGUUUGACCGGGUUCCCCUUCAAGACGUGGUACAAUCCAGAGACAAACUUUCACUGGCCGUUCAGCGGGCUAACCAUAGACACGGCUCGCGUUUUCGCUCUCGGAUACGAUGCAGACGUGGCCAGCAUUUGGCAGUCAGUCUCCCAGCCGGGGAUCGAUAACCAUGCGCAGAAUCUGCUCGGUGCCCUGGCAAGGUUUAGAGAUGACACGCAGUCUAUUCGUUCGCGUGAUAAAGUCCGCGGACUAUCUCGUCCAUCAAACAGCCAGGGAAUUCCUGAUGAAUUCGGAGAAUCCGGAGAGUGAAAGCGUAGAGGCGCCGUGGAAGGGGUUCCUCCGUCUCGUGGAAUCGAACAUUAUCCUGGCGGAGCGAUACAUCUGGUACCUGCUGCUUGUUUCGUUUGAGACCGAGCUCCUGGAACACACAUUGGUUCGUGACAAUGUCGACCCCUCCGAAGGUCCUUGCCCGGGAUACAUUAUCCGCCAGUACCUGAGCAAGUACGACUUCUUAUCAUACUCCGCAUUGUCCUGGGCCACCCACUUUCGAGAAGCUGAUAUCCGCGCGCACUCAGCAACUUCGCAGCUGUCAUGCGACCUGUGUAACACGCGGAUGAAGCGUUUCCAACUGUGGCUACAGAUCUACAAGCUGCUGAGCACAGAAACGACCCGGUGUUCUAUGCACAACACGGACCUCCAGGUGCGGUGCCACUUUGAACACGAACGCGCCGAGUCAUUCAGGAAGGCGAUCAUCCCUCUCCAUAUAGCAACCAAGAUCGGCUCCGCGGCCGUGGUAAAUUUGCUACUACGGAGUAGGCUGGGGACGCUAGGGACUCAGAGAAUCGCACCCCGUUGCAUUACGCCUGCGGUGGGGGGAUCUCUGAAACCAAGGUCGGUCUGCUCUUGAACGCGGGCGCAGACCUGACGGCACGGACCGUAGGCGGACAGACGGCCCUCAACCACGCUGUAAUGUUAAUUCGUAGGAAAAUGCGACACUAUUGAUUCUCUGAGGCGCCAACGUGAACACCCAAGACGACGGCGGGCAAACCCCAUUGCACCAGGCAGCUCUGCACGGACUGGAAGAGAUCGUGGAUAUUCUGAUACGAAGCGGAGCAGAUAUUGAUGCGAU